AUGCUUGCCUGGUGCGUUAGCUUUGUACAUUAUGCCUUGAAUUACUGCACCAUCUCUGAACCUGCAGAUGAUAUAAAAAGUGAAGAAAGAGAUGGUGAACCUGCUGCAAAGAAGAGCAAGAAGGCGGCUUCAGAUAAGGCUCCUAAGAAGAAAACGAAACGGGUCAAGGAAUGUAUUUUAAAACCAGCAGAGGAAAAGGUAGAAGAGACGGCGACCCCAAAAAAGCGCAGAAAAAGGAAGAAGAAAACAAUUACUGAUGUUUUAGCAAACUCUGCGCCAAAAGCUGGCACUCCAGAAGACCUACAGAACCUCCUGGAGAAAUAUUAUAGCAAGACACGGUCAGUUAUUGAACUGGAGGAACUAAAAUUGCCAGAUAAUUCAUUUGUGAAAGAAAAUGACCUCAGCCACACGCUGUCUUCAUAUUUAAAGGAAAUGUGCCCUAAGUGGUCCAAACUAUCAAAAAAUCACAAGGAAACGAAAUCUCCUCUGAUCUUGGUGGUUUGCAGCUCAGCUAUCCGCACCCUGGAACUAAUUAAACUAGUAAAUGCUUUCAAAGGUGACACCAAAGUAAUGAAGCUAUUCGCAAAACACAUCAAGAUUAAAGAGCAGAUACAAUUGCUGGAGAAAAGAAUUGUUCAUCUUGGAAUAGGAACGCCAGGAAGGAUUAAAGCUCUCAUAGAACAAGAGGCUCUUAGUUUGACGUCUCUGAAAUACAUUGUGUUCGAUUGGAACUGGAGGGAUCAGAAGUUGCGGAGGAUGGUGGAUAUACCAGAGGUAAAGAAGGAGAUGGUGGAACUCCUGGAGUCGGUUGUCAUUGCAGCCUGCAGAGAGGGGUCUGUGAAGAUUGCAUUGUUUUAAUUCUCCAAUAGGAUUUUCUU